GAUAGGGAAAUUUCUAUCAGAAAAAAGUAUUUAUGAGGGAAAUAGUUGUCAUGGAAACCUGUGCCAUUCAAUUCCAAAUUUAUCAAAAUUUAAAAUUUUUGAGUGAAGAAUUUAGGUUAAGAAAGUAGUUUGUUACCAUCCUAGAAAAUUAUCAAUGUAAACAUUAGUUGAAUAAAUUUUUGAGGUUUGGAAAGUUUUUAAAUUCAAAAUGAUGUCUCCAGAGACAAGAAAGAGAAAAUCUAGAAAUACACAGGUUAACAGUAAAAAUGUUUCUGAUAGUAAAUCAUUGCAUAUAUCUGAUCUAAUUUCAAGUCAAAUGAUGUCUGGUGACUACAAAUGUACAAUUUGCGGAAAAAUGUUUGGAAACAAUCAAAUUUUCAGGCUUCACAGUCAAAUUCAUGGUCUGAGAGAGGUUGGCGCCAUACAGGAAAAAAUCAGGGAACAAAAAAGCAAUCUCAGCGAAAUUGAAAAGAAAAUCACGGCCAUUACUAGUCCUGCGGAAAAUAAAAAAGCAAAAAAGAAAAUUGGUCUGACGAAAGUGAGAAUGGAGGACUGUCUUCGCUGUGACCCGUGCUCCUGUAUUUACCUGGAUAAGAACGAUUACUACAAGCACAUGCGCAAUUUCCAUAAAAUCACCGAUUUGGAUUCUCUGAAAUCUUCCAACACUCCGGCUCACUUUAUGCUCGUGGAUAAACCUAAUAACAG